GGAUUGGGAUUAAAUGUUAUUCGAUAUAAUAUCGGAGGAGGAGAUAAUCCAGCUCAUAAUCACAUGAGAAUUGGGGGUGAUGUGCCAGGUUUUUGGCCGUGCGAAAAUUGUGAUUAUAAUUGGACCUCUGAUGCAAAUCAAAGAUGGAUUUUACUUGCUGCGAAGGAGCGUGGUGCUGAUAUCUUUGAGGCAUUUUCCAAUAG